AUGCUGUGGCCUUACAUUCUCGUCUCUCUCACCUUCACCAACUUCAUUACCACCGAGUUAAGUAAGUCAUCUUAAUCCGAAGUAAGUAAAUAUUCCUAGUACUGAAGGCGUGCUGUGGGAAUGAGAACAAAUGUCAAGAGUAUCAACGACCAGAGGAAAUGUUUGGGGUCGCGUGUUGUGGCCCUGACCCCAUAAAUCAGUUCACUGAGAUAUGCUGUGCCAACGUGACACGACAUCGACAACAAGGUGGUGGAUUUGUGGACAAGUGUUGUGGGAAUCAGACACUGAACUUUGACCAGACUUGUUGCAGGAAUAUUGUAAGUACAAUGUAAUAUUCAUCAUAACAUUGUUACUUAAGGUAGCUUUUUGGAUCUUAAAAUUGCUUAUUACAAACAAAUACUAUAUUUCCAAAUUACAGGUCCACAAUGUACCAAACGGAGAAUGUUGUGGUGCUCAAGCCUAUCCCCGCAACAGUAUCAAUGUUCUUUGCUGUAACGGCACCUUAAACACCAACGUAGAGCCUGGCUCCAGCUGUUGUGGUAACACACCGUACGAUGGUGGAUACCGAGAAACAUGUUGUGGAGGACAAGUGUACCAGAAAGAACUAUUUGAUGGUUGCUGUCGCGUGCAAGGCUCCAAUCCUGUAGAGUACCGCCAAUUCAACUCCAGAACCCACCUUUGUUGUGACGUUCCCAUCGAACGCAAUUCGAAUACCAAAUGUUGUUAUUUAAACAUGGGGAAUGGUACUUUCGUUCCAAAGAGCUACGACUACACGACAAGCUGCUGUGCCUAUCCCUACAAACAGAUCGUCCCCAAAGUGGGCGACAGAUGUGUGAAUAGGCCGGUCCAGCCGACAAGGCAGCCUGAUCUCGAGGAACUGACGUGA